AAGUAAGUUUGACAGUUCGUGUCGAGUAAAACACAUUGCCGGUUUCAUUUGUUGUACAUUAUAAAAGUAAAACAUUCCCACUGUAAUUCGAAUCGAAUCAAAUGUAAUCAGCAUAAUUAUGUGGCAAAAAGAGUCGAAACACAAGAAUUCGUUGUACACAAAUUUGUGUGCUGCAAAUGGUUUUGGCAAAGAAUCGGAUGAAAUGUACAAAGAAGUGCGCUCCGAAAUCAAUGUACAUAAAAAGGUGAAAUUCCAUUACACAAAGUGUAAUAAAAUGGCAUUGAAAAAACAAAAAUCGGCAAAAGUGUAUUUUGAAAAUGGUGAAUGGGAAUUGGCGAUUCUAGUGUACAAUGAAUCUCUGUGUUUUGCUGAAAACGGUACAAAAUAUUUGGGUAUUUCGUAUGCAAAUCGAUCGGCUUGUUUCUACAAUCUAAAAAUGUAUGACAAGUGCUUAGUUGACAUUGAGCUGGCCACACAGAACAACUAUCCAAAGCAUUUGAUUCCAGCGUUGGAGAAGCGAAAAAUGAACUGCCUGGAGCACAUCGUAAACGGAUGGAAACUGGACGAAUCGCGUUUGAACUUGAAUUAUACGCGUGACGAGAAAUUUCCCGACCUGGCAAAUACCGUCAAAAUUGAAAAAAUUGCUGACAAAGAUGACCCAACCGUGGUGGCAAAGCAGAAAAUCGAUGUCGGCGAAAUUGUUGCUGUUGACAAAGCAUUUUGCAAGACAUUGUUUGCGAUCUACGGUUGGAAAUGUAACAUUUGUCUGAAAAGUAAUUUGAAUCUUAUGCCAUGCCAGAGAUGUACAGUCACAAUGAUAUGCCGUGAUUGCAAAGACAAUAAUUUACACAAAUACGAGUGUGGCAUUAAAACGUCAUUGUACAGUAAUUCGAAUAAUUACUUGAUGCAAGAGUUACGCACAUUUUUCACAGCCAUGGAUUUGUUCGCGAAUGUCGAUGAGAUGAUGACCUUUGUUGAACAGAGCGUCAACACUGAUCCACUUGAAAUUCCUACCGCACUCGAUGAUAACCGUUCAAAGUACCGAGCAUUUCUGCAGCAAACCGCAUUCGAACCGGACACAAAAGACAAGAAAUUCAUUCAAACCGUGUGUUGUGUGUACAAAAUUUUGCUGGAAAUUCCAAAGAUAAGUCUUAUGUUUUCAACGAAAAAACAUCGACGCUUCAUGAUGCACCUCAUUGGACACCACGUUCAAGUCAAUUUACAUCAAUCGUAUGUAUUCAAGGAAGACUUUGUAAACGAGAAUGGCGAUAAAGACCAUCGAAUCUUAUAUUCGCAAGUUGGUGUGCUAUUGCGCUAUUUUAAUCAUCGCUGUUCGCCAAAUGUUUAUGCGAUUGAUUGUGACGGUGAUACAUAUUAUUGUGCAUUACGUCCAAUUCAACCCGGUCAAGAGCUAUUCAUAUCCUACUACUGUUUUCAUUGGGAUCUGCCGCCGGAAUGGCCGCAUAAAUUCAGCAAACACAAUUGCAAAUGUGAACGAUGUGAAUGGCGCAAACCCACAACAGAUGAACUCAUUCAAAUCGCAGACGAUCCCGAUUUUGACAUUGUUAAUGAUAGCAACAUUGAAUCGGAAAUUAAAAGCAUCGACAAGGCAAAGUUUGAUAUUUUGAUGGAAUCAUGCAUCAGACUGUUAAAGAAAUACGACCGUAUUCUUUGGUGUAAGCAACUUGCGGUUGUGAUAACAGUUUAUGCUGCAUUACUUACCGCCAACAUACGAGGCCUCGUUUAAGAAACACAACCACAUGAUCAACUCAAAAACAAUGACUGAUGGCCUAUUUGACAAUUAUUUUUUUUGUUUCUUUGUUUAUUUUCAUUCAUAUUUUCACCGAUUUUGAUUUCGUUUCAAAGAUUUUGAACAUUUUUAAAUCAAACUGAAAUUAAUAGUUAUAAGCAAAACGUAAGCUCCAUUUGUUGUCUUUAAUUGUAACCAUGUAAUUCGUUUAUGAAAAAUGAAAAAUCAACUGUAAAGUCAAUAAAUAAAAUAUGCGGACAUUGA